AUGUGGUGCCUAUUCGAGGCACACACGGAGGCCAAUGUCGGGUGCGGGGCCACCGUGCGCUUCCGUGGCUACACCCAAGCAGUCAGCCAGCACUUCGUAAAGCGGAAUGCAGGCAAGAGCCUGAAGGUCGGCGCCCGGGCUCUCAAGAAGACCCAUCGGCAUUUCGUCAGCGCGGGCAGUGUCAUGCAGGCGAUGUACAGGAUGCUCCACCUUGGGACUCCACACAAGAUCACGCAGAAGCAGUUCGAUGAGGCGGCGCUCCAGACUGGGUGCAAGGGCCUGACUGCCUUUGCGGCCCUGCCGUACGUCGACCUGUCGUGCCUCUUCACCGUCUCCACCGGCCAUGCCCUGCUGUUCGGAGUGGUCAGCGACUUUGUGGACUACACGCUGAGGUCGCUCAAAGACAUCAAGCCAGCAGACCCAGAUGCCAAGCUGGUCAUGUCUCGUGAAGCACGCCAGCGGGUCGCGGCCCGCGGCCAGUUCCUGGUCGUGACUUCGGACUUCGGGCGGCGCAAGAGCUACCGCAUGGAGGACUGGCUGCACUUCGUUGAGACGUUCUCCAGCUACAUCUUCAAGGGGGACGUGCUGCCCGAGGCCUUGUGGGCCCUGUGUUGGAGCCUGUGCAGCACGGUCACGCACUACUUCUGGCCGCGGCCCCCCGAUGAGACCCGUGAGCAGUUCCUGGUGGCAGCCAAGGCGGCUGCAUGCAAGCUCAGAGCUUACACGACCAGGCUGGAGGAGUUGGAGGUGCCGGGCUACAUGUUCACGGUCAACCUGCAUAUCUGCGUAUGCUGGCUGUACUCUGACCUGCCGGUGGAACGCAUGAUGCAGCAAAUGAAGACGCAAGGCGGAAGGAUGGUGUCACAGGCACCCGAGAAGCACUACACGCAGUGGCUGUGCCUGAUGCGGGCCUCCGAGUCGCUCACCGAGGCAGACCCCGGGACCGGGGCCAAACACACGACCAACCAGCAGCUUGAGAGGAUGUUGGCACGGCGCGCAGUGAACACCGAGGCUGCCUGGUUUGAUAAACCAGGAGCCAACGGUUACCUGCUUGGACGAGGCCACAUGGUCUACCCGAGUCCAGAACGAGUGGCACAAGUCCGGGCAGCCAUGGCGAGCCUAGUGCACUGGUAUGCCCUGGCAUUCGAGGAUGUGGCUUCCUGGACAUUGGGUCCCAGUGCGAGCUACGAACUGGACACGGACCGCCUGGAUAGGGCUCUCAUGUCUACACCACCUGACUGUCCCAAGGCCCGCUCCUUAUUGCGUGCCGAGGCACUCGACGAGGAGCAGUACUUCGGGGCUGAGUAUGGGCGCCAGCAGCAGCGGAUCUCCUGCUGGGCAUGCUACCAGGCAGAAGUCGGCAGCGAGACUCGGACGUAUGCGGCCUACCUCAAGCACUUCGUCCACCUGCCCGCAGAAGAAUGUCCGAUUCACUGUCGCAGAUGUGUACUCGGGACAGGUGUUCAGCGAGGGGCUGGUGGUGGUCAACAUGGCGGCCGCCCAGACAGCGAGGGCAGGCAGCCAGUGGGAGAUGUGGCAGGACCUAGGGCUGCCGCUAAGCGUAUAUGCGUAAAGGCACACUGGCAGUCCAUAUGCCCGUAUGGAGUUUCGGUUCAGUACUCAAAUGGCUUCACAUUCUGCAUUGUUGGAAAGAGUGCCGUCAGUGUAAGGCUGUUCAGGAUCAGCCAGGAGGGCCUGGCCAUCGGCGGGCCCGCGCCUGGCAAGGCGACCGCCACCAGCAACUUCAUGACGCAGUUUCAGAAGAAGGUCUUGGACAAGAUCCUGCGACCGUCCACUAUCACUGCAGACCACGGUGCUGUGGCAGCCGCAGUGGGAGCUGAGGCAGUGGAUACUGUGGCUAACGACGGUGAUGGUGCAGCAGCGAGAGCAGCCGCUGGGGACCACGAACAGGCGGACGAGGAUACCACCAACUACGAUGCGUUCAAGGAGUGGGUCGGCGAGCACCGUGUAGUAUUCACCCGUAAUCACUGGGUCUUCACCCGUAAUUUUGCGUGUAAUUGGUUACAUGCGCCCGUAAUUCACCUGCAGUACCGCGUAAUAUUCACCCGUAAUCACUGGGUCUUCACCCACUUAAUGGCGGCUGGAGUCCAUUCCUGGUCAGCUCUCAUGUCAACAUUAUCCCAGGCCGUUACUGUUCAUCAAAUAGCGGCACUCUUACCUUCCACCAUCGGUAAAACGUUUUACCUUGACUGGUGGCAAUCCUGGAACCUCCGGAAGCGUCAGUGUAUACACACAUGUGUUACCAAUGCUGCCUGCUAAGUUCAUGACCUAUGUAUAUAUGUAUAUGUACGACACACCAGCACUAGUAGUACUACAUGUACAGGAACUUGAUGAACAAUGCAUAACAGCCAUAAGGAUAUUCAUACCAUGUUAUGAACACAUGUGUACACAGUGGCUACUUAGCACAGCCUUUCAUAAGCCCAUGAUGCAUAGAGGGUUCAAUAAUUACGUAUGGUCUACUACACCAAUCAAACUGGCUGCCUUACG